GACAAGCCUAGGUUUGUUUUCUAGGGUUCUUGGAGGAUCAAGAAUGGGCGGGCAGGCGCUUGCCUGUGAUCAUGGAUUGCAUUUCUCUCCUCGGGGAGUGAUCAGCAUCGUUCCAUCUCGCCAUGGCGUGAGAAUUCCGCUUCGGCGUCAUUGGAGCGGCAGGAGAGGUGUUUUUGCGAUGCAAUCAUCGCCGCGCAUGCCAUCGCUUGGUGCGGUGGUUUCGACUGCUUCCCGGGCCCUGGCGGCGGUGCUGUGCUGCGCGGCGAUCACUGUGGCUGCUCUACCGGCGAUGCUUUCUUGGCAGAAAGGAUUGAAUGCCACUGUCUGGGUCGCGAAUCAUACCAUUCCAGGGAAACUUCGAGUUCGCAAGGCCACCCUUGGCUGGACGAAGCCUGUGGAUUUGGAAGGAAUUUGUCUCGAGGAUGGUGAUGGAGAGCGUGUUCUUGACAUCCAAAACAUCACGACUAAGGCGUCGCUUUUCUCGAUCGUAACCGGAAGGAGUGGUUUCGGGGAUUGCACGGUUUCUUCGCUAUGGAUGAACUUGCUCGAGGAUCCAGAGACCGGAAUCUCUCGUCUUGCUCGUGCGGUGGAAUCCUCGACUCGUAAAGCACAUCAGCAACCGAAGAAGAAAAAUGCCGUUGUUUCGACCGGAGUCGUGAAACUGGCAUCCGACUUCAAGGCUGUUAAUGGAGGAUUGACGAUUCGUGGCGGAGAGCUGCUUCUUCCAGCUGACGCAGCGGCUGCUCUUGGAGAGAAAAUAUUUGUCGACGUUCUGGUUGGCAGUCCUGCGAAAGAAAGAUCCGAGGCUCUUAAGUCGGGUGGUGGUCUUCGUUCGUUGCCGGUGCAAAUCAAUGCCUGGUCGGAUUGUCUUCAAGCACAGGUGCUUGGAUUUCUCAAUGCUUCGAAUCAGAAGGUCGAGCUCAUCGAGCCUAUAAAAAUCGAGAUGGAUCUCACUCCUGAGCUCGGUCGCCUCUACCUUGCUCGAGUGAAUCCUUUGCUAGGGUAUAUAGUCGGUCCUGCUGUGGCCGAAAAUGACAUGCCUGACGUGAUCUUGGAAGUCAUUCCAAAAGAAAUGAAGUUUCCUGCCGAUGAAUACAAGCUACGCUUCGAACCAAUGAGUGUGGUAUUGGCAAGAGGACCUAUUCUCGAUGGGAUCUUCACGCUGCUUUCGCGAAGCAAAAACAAGGACGAAGUCUCCGGUGGAAAACGCCAGCUCAAGAUGGAAACCAGUGCUAUCGAGGCCGUAGCCAAUGUGGAUGGUCAUUUAACGUGCCGACGCAUUGAUCUUCUCAUUGGGGGCAAAGUUCAUAUUGCUACCUGGGGCGCGUUCAACUGGAUCGAAGAGAAAAUGAACACAAAACUAGUGAUUCCACAGACAACCCUGAAAGACUUUCUAGGAUUGAACAACCUUCCGAAAAACUUCCAUUUCCAGGUUCCUGUCCGAGGAACUUUCGAUCGACCACAGAUCGAUCUCGGAGCUGCUGUCUUUCGAAUCGCGCAGCUAACUCUCCACCAACAAGCUGGCCCUUUCGCGAAAAGCUUGGUCGGAAGCUUUGACGAUUCCACACCGGACCAUGAUGUUCCAGAACCCAUCGAUGUUCUUCCCUGGCAAGCUCACAAGUCAGGCGCGUGAACAAGACCUUUUCCAAAGAGUAACAGCAAACCACACUGUAAUAACGGGUACGUAUGGCAUCUUUUGAAGUGGUAUUAUGGUCAACGUCCGGAAUAUCGUAUUUUUCCCGUAACCUCCAAAACACCACUUUCAGCAUGGGGCCUACGUUCGUACACAAAUGGGACACUCCAAUUCUUGUGAAUCACUUGCUUUAAUUUUUUUUUUCUGUGUGAGUCACGCAACAAGCUAUCAAUAUGCAAUCAAGGGAGUCGAGAAAUUUGAUCCAAUUGGAUCGAAUUCGAUCAUCGCAUAGGUGUAAAGGAUUAAGGCGAAAAGAGGCAACGCACUCUCGCAAAGAGCUGCGUAAAGAGAGGCCAAUUGUCCGAAAAGAUCAAAAAGAUAGGUGGAAUCGUUACACUAUGAUGUUAAGAGAACCUUGAUCAUUGUGUCA